AUCGAUACAGAGAGAGAGAGAGAUCUCAGCGGUCGGAAUCAGUUGCGGUGGAGAAAAGAAACUAGCGAGUUGCAGCUGUUGUGAAGAGAGAAAGACACGUGUGGUUUGUGUGUUUGAGCGUGAGAGACAAUGGUAGGACCGUCGCGGCCUCAGAUCGUUCUGUUUGGAUCAUCCAUCGUCCAGAUGAGCUUCGGCCAUGGAGGUUGGGGCGCCAUUCUCUCCGAGGUCUAUGCUCGUAAGGCUGACAUCAUUCUGAGAGGAUAUUAUGGAUGGAACUCAACUCGUGCUUUGGAAGUUGUGGACCAAGUGUUCCCCAAGGAUGCUGAGGUACAACCUUCUCUGGUAGUUGUGUAUUUUGGAGGAAACGACUCAAUGGCGCCUCACCCUUCUGGUCUAGGACCUCACGUGCCACUUUCUGAAUACGUUGAUAACAUGAAGAAGAUCGCGCUUCAUCUUCAGAGCCUUUCAGACACAACUCGUAUCAUAUUCCUUAGUUGCCCUCCAGUGGACGAGGCCAAACUUCGUCAGAACCAAAGCCCAUACUUGAGCGAGGUGAUCCGCACAAACGAGCUCUGCAAGACUUACUCAGACGCUUGUGUGGAGCUGUGCCAAGAGCUAGGCUUACAAGUAGUUGAUCUCUUCUCUACUCUUCAGAAAGCAGAUGACUGGGAAACCGUUUGCUUCACAGAUGGGAUUCAUUUGUCAGCGCAAGGAAGCAAGCUGGUGGCUGCAGAGAUACUGAGAGUGAUCAAAGAAGCGGAGUGGACACCGUCGCUUCACUGGAAAUCGAUGCCAACCGAGUUCUCUGAGGACUCACCUUACGAUCUUGUUUCAGCUGAUGGCAAAAACACGGUCAACUCUUCAGAGUGGACUUACUUCUGGGAAGAACAGUGGGAUUAAACAUUACAACACACACACAACAAUAACAAGAAGAAGAGGAGACCUUUAUAGAAUGUGUUGUUGUUUGCCUUGGCUAUUUCGAUUCUAACGUUAUUAUUCAUCAGUGUUUGUGUUUUGUCAUGCUUUUUGCGUUUACUCUUUCUCUAAGAAGUACUGAUAGAUAGGUUUGCGCUUGAUUAGUUCCUUGAAUCUUAAUACUAUCUAAUAAUCUCCAUAGAUUUUUUUUUCUUGUC